AUACUGAGAGAAAUGUCAGAAUUGUGCCGGUUUAUUACCAGUGUAAUAAAUAAUUUCAGUUUAAUUAUAAAAAUAAUAUGAGACAUUAUUUAAACUUAUCAAUCGUUUUUGAUAAAUAAAUAAUUGUUUGCGUCCUCCUAAAAUUAAUUAACAAACACUUGAUAGCACAGUAUCUGCUAACCAAGUUAACCUUCAAGUUGAGUGAUAAAUAAAAAUAAAAAAAAAAUGAGUGGGUUUUUUAAAUUAUAUAAACAAUUUUUGAAUAAAUAUCCGCUGGGAUUACAAGCUAUACAGGCUGGAGCAUUGAUGGCUACUGGUGAUCAAUUAGCACAAAAUUUAGUUGAAAAACGCAACUUUAAUGAGUUAGAUUUUGUGCGAACUGCAAAAUUUUAUGCAGUUGGUUUUUUUAUCGGUGGUCCAGCAACGAGAACUUGGUAUGGAGUUCUUGAUAAAUAUAUCGGAUCAAAGGGAAAAAUUGUUGCGUUAAAAAAAGUUGCUUGUGAUCAAGUAUUGUUUGCGCCGGCAUUUAUUGUCGUUUUGCUCACGUCUAUUGGACUGAUGCAGGGAAAAGAUAUUGGAGGAAUAAAAACAAAAUUGACUAAUGAGUACAAAGAUAUUCUUAUAAAUAAUUAUAAGUUAUGGCCGAUGGUACAGCUGGUGAACUUCACGUUUGUUCCUCUGCACUAUCAAGUAUUGUUUGUGCAAUCAGUUGCUGUUUUCUGGAAUACUUACGUAUCCUUUAGAACCAAUAGAGAUGCGUUAAAACCAAAGGCGAUAGUGUAGCUAAUAAGUUGUAUAAUUAAUUGUGUAUAUAAGUAUUACUUUUAUAAAAUAAUUUUAUAAGUAAUGGGUUAUUUCUGAGAUAUAUUUAUUUAGGGCAUU